CAGCGCGAGCUCCCACCUGCACCGUUUCGCUUUGUAACGGCUCUCCCUUUGCCGUCACGCGCGCCCGUUGAUCGAGGACGAGCGGGUGCCGAUGUCUCUCGGGGAACAGGGGGAUAUGAUUGACGUGCCUUCUCCCCAGCCGCCAAGUGCUGAAGGUGAUUCCAUCAAGGUUUAUGUAAGGGUACGACCACCAGUGAAGGGCACUGCGUUAUUCAAUGAUGGAGACCAAGGCCAGUGUUUGUCUGUCAUCUCAUCAAAUGCCGUUCGUCUCAAUUCAAAACCUGAACCCAAGAUUUUCACCUAUGAUCAUGUGGCUGACAUACACACCACUCAGGAAUCUGUAUUUUCAGUUGUAGCAAAAGGCAUUAUCGAGUCGUGCAUGAAUGGAUACAAUGGCACAAUUUUUGCUUACGGACAGACUGGUUCAGGGAAAACAUUCACAAUGUUGGGUCCAUCUGAUGAUUCUGAUAACUUCACUCAUAAUCUCAGAGGAGUAAUUCCUCGCAGCUUUGAAUACCUGUUUUACUUGAUCAGUCGGGAAAAGGAAAAGGCAGGGGAUGGCAAGGAUUUCCUGUGCAAGUGCUCUUUCAUUGAGAUUUACAAUGAACAAAUAUAUGAUUUGUUGGACCCCGCUUCAAGUGGACUAUUUCUACGAGAGAAUAUAAAAACGGGAGUAUUUGUUGAGGGGGUCAUUGAACGGGUUGUAACCUCAGCAGCUGAGGCCUAUCAGGUUUUGUCCAUGGGGUGGAGGAACCGAAGUGUGGCUUCUACCUCAAUGAACCGCGAGUCCUCACGAUCGCAUGCUGUCUUCACAGUCACCAUAGAGUCAAAGGAAAAGAUCAGCAACCUAUUUAACAUUCGAACAUCCCAGCUGAACCUGGUUGAUUUAGCAGGGUCAGAGCGACAAAGGGAUACACGUGCUGAAGGGGUUCGAUUAAAGGAAGCGAGCAGUAUAAACCGAUCACUAAGUUGUCUUGGAAAUGUCAUUAUGGGGCUCAUUGAUGUGGCCAGUGGAAAAAAUAGGCACAUUUGUUACAGAGACUCCAAGCUUACAUUCCUCCUAAGGGAUUCUCUGGGAGGAAAUGCAAAAACCUACAUUAUUGCCAAUGUGCAUCCUGGGUCGAGAUGUUUUGGUGAAACGCUCUCUACACUUCAGUUUGCUCGCAGAGCUAAGCUAAUUAAAAAUAAAGCUACAGUAAAUGAAGCUACUCAAGGCAGUUUAGGUCAUUUGCAGGCUGAGAUCAAAAGGUUGAAGGAGCAGCUUGCUGAGCAAAGGACAGGACAUAUAUCACAGGACAGCAAUGUUAUGACAGCUGAAUUAGAUCCUAAUGAGUGGAAGAGUCGCUUUCUGGAAGCUAUGCUUCUCCGGGAGAAGAGUGAAAGUGAAAAGCAGGGCCUGAAGGAAAAAAUUGGUCAACUUAAAGAUCUGUGUGCCAAAAAAGAAAAGAUACUUCAGUCUAACAAGAUGAUUGUGAAGUUUAGAGAAACUAACAUAGCACGUCUAGAAAAGCUCCAGAAGGAAUCCUGUGGUGGCCUGGCUCUUGACGAGAAAGAUUCUGUGAUUGGUGAGCUGAGGGAAGAAAUUCAAACUUUAAAAGAACAGAUUGAGCAAGAUCCUCGGGUUGUCAGCUAUGCAAUGGAGAACCGUGGUCUAAGGGAAGAAAAUAAGUACCUUCGUUCAUUAGAGAGUGUGAAGCGUGCGGGUGAUAUUACCUUGCACAAAGCUGAGCUGGAAAAGGCAUUCUUGGAGGCCUCAUCUUCAGAGAAAAAUGCUGGAGGUCCAGCAUUGCACCUGACUCCUACAACAAUUGAAAACAUUUCCACAGUAUCACAAGAAAGAUUAAAAGCUCGUUUAUUACAAGCACAGAGUGACAUGUCUUCUGUAAAACAAGAAUAUGAGGAGUAUCAGGAACUGACUAGGAAGAAACAAAUGGAAUUUGAGUCUGAGGUUCAGUGCUUGCUAAAAGCCAACCAACAUCUAGAAAACAUUUUGGAGGCAACAAAGGCUCAUAAGCGUCAAGAAGUGUCCCAACUGAAUAAGAUGCAUGUUGAGACCAUUAAGAGUUUGACUACUCCAACUAAGGCCGCUUACAAUCUUCGGUCUCGAUUGGUUUUACGAAUGAGUCCUGAUGGAACACCUAGUGCUUAUGGAGAAGCAAAUGCAUGGAGUCAGGGAGGUGAUACUAUGAAUGAGUCUUUGCCUCUUGACAUGAAUGAACAGGCUUACGAAGCCAUUGCUAAGGAACUUCAAAUGGUGCAGGAGCAACUGGCUAAUACGCAGACUAAACUGGACGAAGAGGAGAGCCAAAAGGUGAAGCUUCAACAGCAAUUCGAUAAACUGGAACAUCAUUCUGCUCAGAUAAAUGAGCUUCUCUCUUCUGAACGAACUGAUAGGAACAAGGAACAGCAGGAGCUUGUUACCAAAACUAGAUCACUUGAGAAAGAACUUCAAGAAAUGCAGGGCCAAAACAAUCUAUUGCAGAGUGAAGUACACGACCUUCGAGUCGUGCUGUGUUCAGCUGACAAGGAGCUUAUUUUGGUAAAAGACGAAUACAGCACUUACAAGCUCAAGCAAGAUGCAGAACACAGCCAGCUUUCUGACAAGCUUGUCGAUGUCCAUUUACAGCUGGAUAACAUCAGAUUGGAACAUGAAAAGAAUCUGGAAGAAAAGCGUUCCCUCCAAGAUGCCUAUGAUAAUUUACAAGAGGUUGUUGAGUUCAAAGCACAUGAGGCAGAUCAACUGUGUGCAAAACUGCUACAAACCAAGGAGGAAGCCGAAGUAUUAAGAACUGAAAUGAGUCCUGUGAUGAAACUUUUAGAAACCGAAAAGGAACGAAAUCAAAAACUUGCUUCGCAGCUUAAAGAAGAUAUAGAGACAAAUUCCAAGGAACUUUUGAAAGCUUUGGAUGAGAAUGACCAACUGAAGAAACAAUACUCUGAACUGAAUGCAAAGUCUGAACAGCAAGUGAUAGAAUUGAAAAAUCUAGAACAGAGCUUGGCUGAUUCAAGAAGAAAUAUUGGUGACCUUGAGAGAGCAUGCACUGCUGAUAAGGAAGUGGUUACUGUCUUGAUGAAUCAAACACAAGAAAUGAGAAGUUUGUUGAGUGAAAAAACAGAGGCUGUUUCUGCCUUGACCCAAGAAUUAGAGGAGAUCAAGUUGAAGUACAGUUCAGCAGUAGCUGCCAAAGAGGAGAAGAUUGCCAUUAUUGAUGAAAAGCAGAAAGAAAUUGUGGAGAUGAAAGAGACCAUGGAAAGAAAGACGAAUUGUUUCAAUGUACAGAUGGAGAUACUAAGUGAAGACCUAACUAAUACCAUUGAACAGCUUGAACAGUUGACUGAGGACUCCAAAAAGCAAACGGCAAUAGUACAAAUGAUGCAGGAAGAGGUAGAGAAGAAAGAAGCAGCCAAUCGAGAGCUUCAAACUCAGCUAAAUGAAAAAAAUAAUGAACUCCAAGAAGCAAGAUGUCAAUAUGGACAAAAAGUCGUGCAAACUGAAUAUGAUCCAGAUACAUCCACCAAUAUCCUUCCUCAGACUCCAACAACUCCUAGUUUGAGAAUUGAUCUGAUUAAAAUCAUAGAAACUCAGGAGAAAGAGUUGAAUGAUCAAAAGGCAUCCCAGGCCACCUUAGAAUUCUUGUUGGAAGAGAUGGAAUCGGAAAGGAGAGCCAAGAAUGAAGAAAUUCUUCAGCUCAAGAGCCAAUUAUGCGAAUUGAAAAACGUGCGUCUAGAGAUGGAGGAGUCGAAGAGGCACUGCCGGAGUUUGGAAUUGCAUCUAGAAAAUGAUCAGAAGGAAACACAAAAGAGCAAUGGAUUAACUGUAGCAGAGCUGGAGAAGAGCAUGAUUAAGGCAGAUCAUAACUUGAUGGAAGAAUUAAAGACUCAGGAAACCUUAAUGGAAAAAAUGUUCAUCAUGGAAGCAGAAUUGAAAGAGACCAGAGCGACAUUGGAGGCUGAAAAGUAUACCAAGAAAGAGCUUGCAGAGAAAUUAGAACGCGCCAGGAAUUUAGAAGCAAAAGCUUUUGAAGAAAAAGAAGCAUGUCGAUCAAAGUUAGAAUCUGCAUCUGAAGAGAAAGAGAGACUUACUGGGGAGAUCGAAGCUAUUAGGAAACAAGUGAGUUCCCUCACUGAGGAGAAUGGAAAACUGUUAGGACAUCAGAACAUACAACAGAAGAUUCAAUACUUGGUCAAAGUUAAGAAAGAAAACUCCCGGCUUAUAGAGGAAGUGGAAAUAUUGAAAUUGAAACUGAAAGAGCUCUCAAAGAAACCUGACCUCAAUAAGUCUACUGUGCUUGAUACGUCUGCCAGCAUAUUCAGGGAACAUGAUGAAAAUGUCUUUUAAUACAUUGUAGAUUUUUUUUAAUGUGUAGAUAUCUGUUUUGUGUUUUUCACCAUAUAUGUCUAAACUCAUUUUCUAAUCUGUUUAGGUCAAUAACUAUAAUCGGAUUUGAAGCCUUGUGUUCUUGAGGAAAAUCUAAUCAUGUUGAAAUUGAUUAAAUAACAGCCAGCGUUUAAUUGCAAUUUUCACUUAUUUGUGCAUUUUUUUAAAAAAGCAAUCAAAGGCAAAAUAUCUGACCUUUAACUUGUUGCAUGUAAUUAAAUCCCAAAUAGUCAUUAAAAGAUUAAAAUAAAGAUUUGAAAAAUUAAUUUUAUGAGCCUCUCCUAAAUAUUUAGUCACCAAACGCUUCCCCUAGAGGGACGAGGAAAAUUGGGGAGAGUGAUUUAAUGUCAUAGUUUUGUCUUGUCCAUUACAUGUAGAAAUUAAAAGGCAGCUCUGAACCUGUAGUGUUUGUACUCAACAACCUGUAAAUGAGCCUUUUCAUAUCUUGUCCUCUUCUUGUUGGUGUAUGAUUUUGACCAAAAAAAAUCUAGUUGUAUACAAGUUGAAUCUAUUAUCUUUUUUAAUAAAAUUUUUAUUGUUC